AUGGCCUGCUCUUCCACCAAAAACGCCGGUGCUAGCGGCGGAUGCGCCAAUUGUGCCUGCGCUUCUUCCUCGAAAGGUGCCUCGGUCAAGCUCCCUUCCAAGAACACUUCGAAAACCGAAUCCACCCCUCUGCUCUGGUCAACCACAACCACGGCCAAUACCGAAAACUACCAAGCCGUCCCUCAAGCCUCUAACCGCAACAGUACCGCCUCUUCCUCCGCAUCCACCCUCAGUGCCACCCACGAAUGCCCUUCCCAACAGCACGACCCCAGUUUUGUAUGCUGUAGAGACGUUACAGCUGCCGACGAGCGUACGCUAAUCGACCCCGAUUUCGCUCGCGACUGCAUCGUCGGUCUUAGCGAUGGCCUUACUGUCCCCUUUGCCCUUACCGCCGGUCUUUCUUCCACCGGUUCCACCAAGCUCGUCGUGCUUGCCGGCUUGGCAGAGCUGGUUUCGGGUGCAAUCUCGAUGGGUAUCGGUGGAUUCUUGUCUGCACAGGCCGAAUUGAGCCAUUUCGCAUACAAUCUCAGAUCCACACAGCAAAAGGUCGAGCGUUCCUGUGGAACUGAAGUCGAGCGUCAGGUGCACGACAUUCUCAAAGGAUACGGAAUCGCCCCUGAUACCUCAGCGCAGAUCGCUGCUGAAUUGACUGCAAAGGAACAAGCUCGUCGCCAAGCCGAACAGCUCGCUGCCAUCCAGCAGAACCGUACCUCCUCCUCCAGACGCAAAUUGUUCGGCAUCGUCUCGAUCCCUUCUUCCACCUCCACCGUUCCUGCACACAAGCGCAUCGCUGCAGAUGACCAAGAAUCGCAGCAGCUGCUCACGGACCAAGAUCUCGAAAACGCCGGCCUCACACCCUUCCUGCUCAAGCUCGGCGAAGGUCUGGAACCCGUCAGCACCUCGCGUCUUUACGUCUCGGCUCUCACUAUCGGUCUCAGCUACUUCCUCGGUGGUAUCAUCCCUCUGUUGCCAUACAUGUUCGUUCAAGAGGCUAGCAGGGCUCUGUUACUGUCGGUGAUCAUCACAGGUGUGAUUCUCUUGGUAUUUGGUGUCGUCAAGCAGCGCGUCACCGGUGGAGAAGGCGGUUUCAAGGGCUACGCCUAUGGCGCUAUCUCGACGCUCGCCGUGGGAGGUGUUGCUGCCGGAGCUUCGUGGUUGCUUGUUGGUCUGCUCGAGGGUGGAAGCGAUGCAAAGAUCUAG